AUGUACUGGUUAUCAUCUUCUUUCGCCACUGAUGCUCAGUCCAAUGUAAGAAACGGUGCUGCGUUCAGAUGUAUGGAAGCUAUCGGACAAGCUGUCGCAUACGGUAUGAAGAGUAAGACCGACGAAAGUCCUUUGAUCGGAUUCUGCGUCACCUUUGGUCUUAUGGCCCUUGGACUCCCACCGUUCAUCGUGCUCGUCAAUAAUACUCCUGACAGAAUCCCUGCGGACGUCAUGGCUGAAGAAGAGGCGACGGAGCACAAGUUGGAAGGUGGCUAUGAGAAGAAGGAUGAUCCUGUACAAGUGUCCGUCUUGGGAUAA